UUUGUUGCCGUGCGUAGGACGGAACCUUCCUGAUAAGACCCCUUCGGAACGAAACGACGAGACAACGCUCGACGCUCACUUUCCCCCACCGAGGCGCCGACUUUCCUCCUCGUCGUCUUCACCGUUGUCUUUGUGCUCUUCUUCAUCGUUUAGGGAUCGUGACGAGCGUCGUGCGAAAUGGGCGAAUGGGAUCUUCUGGGCCGCCUGCUGGACAAAGUGCAGUCGCACUCCACCGUCAUCGGGAAAGUCUGGCUCACGGUCCUCUUCGUCUUUCGUAUCCUGAUCCUGAGUACGGGUGCCGACAGGGUGUGGGGCGACGAGCAGUCGGACUUUGUGUGCAACACGCGGCAGCCGGGCUGCGAGAACGUGUGCUACGACCACGCUUUCCCCAUCUCGCACGUGCGCUUUUGGGCCCUGCAGAUCAUCGCCGUGGCAACGCCCAAACUGCUCUACCUGGGAUACGUCCUCCACGUCAUCCACGUCGAGAAGAAGCGUUUCAGCGACACUUCGUUGACCAAGUCUCAGUAUGGCGUGUGUGCGCUGCGCAGUUGAAGGAGCGCAUGCGGAAGCAGGCCGAGCUGGACGACCAGACCUUGUUGUUCCUGCAGCGCAGCUUCAAGAUGCCAAAGUACAUCAAAAGCAGCGGAAAGGUAAGCAUCCGUGGACGCCUCCUGCGUGCCUACGUGAUCCACCUGGUGGCCAAGAUCUUCCUGGAGCUGGCGUUCGUGGUUGGCCAGUACUUCCUGUACGGCUUGAAGUUGGAUGCCCGCUACGUGUGCUCGCGCUCGCCGUGCCCCCACCAGGUGGACUGCUUCCUGUCUCGGCCCACCGAGAAGUCGCUGAUCAUCUGGUUCAUGCUGGGGGCCGCCUCGCUUUCGCUGGCCUUGUGCGUGGUCGAGCUGCUCUACCUGUGCGUCAAGGCGGCCAAGGAGUGCGUGGCCCGGCGGCGAGACUACACCGUCACGCCUGUCACGCCCGUCACACCCGUCACGCCGGCGCCGCCCGCCGCCCAGAGGAAGGCGUACGUGGCGAGGGACGACCCCAUGAUGCAAAACGGCUACAACGUGGAGCUGGAGAUGCAGGGACGCAAGUUUGGCGUCGGUAGGGCCAAUGAGAUGGCAGGAAAAGGGUCGCCGGGUAGAACGGGGGAGGUGCAUAUCUGAACUGUAUGUGAGUGUGUGUGUGUGUGUGUGUGUGUGAGUGUGUGUGUGUGUGGGUGUGUGAUGUGCCCCUGUGCAAAAGUGCGGUGGAUGCUUGCGGAUUUGUACCGUAUCAUUUUUGAGGAGUCAUUUUGAUGCGAAAAAGCGAAAAAGUGCGGGUGCACCACCAUUCACCAGAAAGAGUGUGGGUGUGCGACACCACUGUGCAGAAUUGUAAGGGUUGUAGCAAGUUACCAACUGGUGCCGGUUUGAUAUUAGCUAAUAGCAGGAAAAGUGUGGGUGUCAAAGCAUUUCAGCAGAAUCUUUUGUUUUUAAAAAAACUUUCUCUGGAAAAAGCAUGGGUGAUGAUACACCUGCAUCCCUCAUGGGUGUGACAGCCCUCUGCAAAAGUCUGGGGGAAGUGCGGGGCGAGGGGGGGGGGG